CGUUUCAUUAUUGGAACUCAGUACGCUGGAAGAGUGGCUAGUGAGCAGUUGGUGAAAUAUCGGAAGAUGCGCAAAUUUAUUAACGCACAGCGUGUACACACGCGUGCAUAUAACAAAGAAAAUGUCAUAAUCUGUAUAUAUGCAAAAUUAUUUAUAUGAAUUUGAAGAUACAUACAUAUGUACAUACAAUAAAUAUAAUAAACGAAUCACUUUCAAUUGGCUGCAACUAUUAAAAUAAAUAAAUUGUGUCACAAAAUACAUACAAACAUACAAAGCUAUUAUAUGCAAAUGAUUGUGAUUACAGUGAUUCUAAUGCAGGCAACGUAUUUUUGUAUAACACAGCGAAUUAGUGAAUGAUAAGCGUUUUAAGUAAAAAAAAUUAAAUUUUGAAGAAAAUUGUCCCAUUCAAAGAAAUAUUGGUUAAAAAAAAACAAUAAAACAUUCAUAAUAAUUUAUCAAAAAUCUGUAAUGUCGGCCAAAGAGCGUUUUGUUAUUUUGGAUUGUGAUGGUGGCAGUGAUGAUGCCUGGGCAUUGCUGUUGUUGCUCAAAGCAGCUGCCGAUCAACGUAUCACUUUACUCGGGGUUACUAUAUGCGGCUGUGGCAAUACGGAUUUGCUUAAUGCAGCGCGAAAUAUGUAUCGCAUUCUAAGGGCCUGUGAACGCACAGAGAUACCAAUUUUUUAUGGCGCUUCCCAAUCAGUUAUACCACCCAUCGUUCCCGUCGAUGAUAAAAUAUUGCCCCUAGAAACAGACUACAGUAUGGAUGAGGUGGUGCAAAAGGAACACGCUGUGGUGGCUAUAAACAGAUUCUGUGCCGAGCACUCCAAAAAGGUAACCAUAAUAAGCGUGGGCCCUUUAACGAACAUUGCGCUUUGUUACUCCAUGUUUGGCGAAACAUUUGCAAAUGCAGUCAAGCAUAUUUACCUAAUGGGUGGAAAUCAUCAAGGCGUCGGCAACUGCACACGCUGCGCUGAGUUCAACUUUUAUUCAGAUCCCGAGGCAGCGCAUGCCGUGCUUGCUCGAUCGAAAUGCCCCAUCACUAUAUUGCCAUGGGAACCCUGUUUGGAAGAUCGAUUUUUCAUAUGUAUUAAUUGGCGCCUUGAUGAUUUUGGGAUCUCUGCGGCCAACAUGUGCGCAGCCAUAGAUAUAAUGAAUAAAGUGGAACGUGCUCAAUGGUUGCCAUCGAAUUUUAAGAGCUGGAUCCCUUGCGAUGCAUUGAUUGUUGCUGCAUUCCUCUUCGAAAGCGCUCUAGUGAAAAAGAAGAGUAGUUGGCAUGCUACAGUGGAUCUGACAGGACACACGCGUGGGCAAAUGAUUUUGGAUCAUUUACAAGAAGUGGACAAAUUUCCGAAAAAUGUGGAAGUCAUUGAGUUAUUGGAUGCGGAUGUUUUCAAGAAAAUUGCGCAAUGGGCAGUGGGACUGUACGAUGAAUUUGUGCUAGAGCAGACCAAUGGAAAUGUGGAAUUGUAGAGUUUAUACUUAGCUUGUUUAAAAUAUGUGUUUGAUAAAAGGUAAUAAUUGAAAACAGUUUCCUAUGAGAGGAUUUCAAUAAAAAAAAAACUUAGUAAGACACUGA